GGGGUGGCAAGUCAAUGGAGACAGCCUUAGGGAGAGAGAGGGAGUGUGCCUCAAAAUUGGGGAGCGCAAGAGAAACUCACGCUUUUGCCACAUACCACGCGCGAAUAUACUCUACUGUGCACCCUUUUUAGAUUUCAAAACCCAAUGAACCCCUUUUUCAGCCUAACUGUUUAAAAGAGACCCUUCACAUAGUUUAGCAAACCAACAACAACAACAUCACUUUGAUCGAAGCCAAAGGCUAAGGCCAAGGCUGAGUGAACCACACCACACCACCCUCUUCUUUUUCUUUCAUAAAAGGGCUUUCAUUGCUCCAAACUAGAAGAAUCAUCUCCUUCUUUCGGUCUAAGCUAAACAAACAAUGUCUAAUAUGAUAGAGGUGAGAGUUCCAAAUCUUGAUUGUGAAGGAUGUGCUUCAAAAUUAAAGAAAGCUCUCUUCAAGCUCAAAGGAGUAGAUGAGGUAGAAGUUGAAAUGGAAGCACAAAAAAUAACAGUGAGAGGUUAUGGAUUGGAGGAAAAGAAAGUUCUUAAGGCAAUCAAACGUGCAGGGAAAGUAGCAGAGCCAUGGCCAUUUCCAGGGCAUGCACAUUAUGCUUCAUUCUACAAGUACCCUAGUUACAUUGUUAACCAUUACUAUGAUGCAUACAAAAGUGAAGCAACAAGUGGGGUCCACACUUUCUUCCACACCCCUGCAGUGUAUUCAGUUGCUGUGGCAUCUGAUGAGGCCUUUGCUUCUCUCUUUAGUGAUGAUAACCCUCAUGCUUGCUCUAUAAUGUAAUGUAAUUAAAUAUUAAACCAUGUUCAUGUACUUGUUUUCCUCCACUUUAGGUUAGUUUCUCUUUGAAGAGAAGGUGAAGAAGCAAAAGGUGAGUGAACUAGGCAUGUUUUCGUAGGGAAUUUAGUGUUUGUGUAUUGGUUAAUUUUUUUUGACAAUUUUCUUGAGUGUGUUAUCAUGUGCCUACUUUUAAUAUCCAUUGCGUUUUUCUGGAUCC